CCUGAACAAAAUAGGGGAAACCAAUUUCAAAGAAAGAGAAAAAGGUUUGUAAUUGUAGACUCUCCGUUUCAGGAAUCAAUGGAGUUUUACGCAUACCCGUCUCAUCAUUUCCCCCAAUCAUCAUCAUCAUCGCCUUCCUCCUCCGAAACCUAUUCCUCCUUCGGAUUUCUACUCAAUAAGAUCAAAGAUUUCAUUCGAUGCGCGGUUUCUGCUCUACUGGGGAACGUGUUCUCCGCAAUUUUCACAUUUUUCUUCGCUUUGAUUGGAACUCUACUUGGGGCAAUUACAGGAGCUUUGAUCGGCCAAGAGACGGAAAGUGGGUUUAUUAGAGGGGCUUCGGUGGGAGCCAUUUCCGGGGCUGUUUUCUCUAUUGAGGUCUUCGAGUCGUCUCUGCUUUUAUGGCAGUCGGAUGAAUCUGGAUUAGGGUGUCUCCUCUAUCUGAUUGAUGUCAUAGCGAGCCUCCUGAGUGGGAGACUUGUACGUGAACGUAUUGGACCAGCUAUGCUUAGUGCAGUGCAAAGCCAGAUGGGAGCUGUCGAAGCACCUUUUGAAGAAGUCCCAAACAUCUUUGACACGGGAGGGGCAAAAGGUUUAUUGGUAGACAUGGUUGAGAAGAUCCCAAAGUUCACAAUCACCGGAGAUGAAAGUGCUGAUACUUCAGGGGAUGGAGUCUCAUGUUCAGUUUGUCUUCAGGACUUUCAGCUUGGGGAGACUGUACGUCGCUUGCCACAUUGUCACCACAUGUUUCAUCUACCUUGCAUUGAUACUUGGCUGGUUAGACAUGGUUCUUGCCCAUUGUGCAGAAGGGAUCUGUGAUAUUUAUUCUGAUUAUAUUACACGGAAAACUGCUUUCUUUUUUUAAAAAUUUCUUCAUACUUACAUGUAGGGUAUGACCAUUCAUCCUUUCGAACCAUUAGUUGUAGAAUAUCUCCCUAUAAUCUCAUAUGUAUGAUAUGUAAAUAAAAUUCUAGACACUAGUUUCAGGUUUGGUCAUUCUGCUUUUUUGAUCAUCCUUUAGUGUAGAGAAAAUUUUGACUUGUGAUACUGGUCUCAUUGUGUCCUAUGUUCGGAUUUAGCUGUAUACAUUGUAAUUUAACAACACCAAACCUUGCUUCACAAUAGGAUGUUACACUGUUAAUGUA